AAAUCUCCCCAGAUGCGCAAGCCUGGGUGUGCUCCUCCGCCAUGGAAGCCUUGCUCUCUCGUUCUGCGAUUCUUUUGCUCCUUCUUCUCUUCCGAGCCUUCAACCUCUCGAGUUGUGAUUCAUUCAUAGGUGUGAACUAUGGCGAAGUCGCCGACAAUCUCCCACCGCCUUAUGCCACCGCGAAGCUUCUCCAAUCCACCGCAAUCGAAAAAGUCCGGUUGUACGGAACAGACCCUGCCAUCAUCAAAGCUCUCGCUCACACAGACAUAGGCAUCGUCAUCGGAUCGGCCAACAGCGACAUACCAUCCCUCGCUUCCGACCCCAGCGCUGCCAAAAGUUGGAUCGACUCCAACGUCAUCCCAUUCUACCCCGCCAGCAAGAUCAUCCUCAUCACCGUCGGCAACGAAGUCUUGACCUUCGGCGACCAGAAUCUACAAAACCAACUAUUGCCGGCGAUGCAGAACCUCCAAGACGCGCUUAACUCCGCAUCUUUGGGUGGGAAAAUCAAAGUGUCCACCGUCCACGCCAUGGCGGUGCUGGGUCAGUCCGAACCUCCUUCUUCCGGAGCCUUCAAACCGGGUUUGACGACCUUACUGAAAGGAGUGUUGGAUUUUAACGACGCCAACGCUUCGCCUUUCGCCAUUAAUCCUUACCCAUACUUCGCUUACACCAGCGACCCCAGGCCCGAAACUCUGGCCUUUUGCACCUUCCAGCCCAACUCUGGCCGACUUGACUCGAACACGAACAUCAAGUACAUGAACAUGUUCGAUGCUCAGGUUGAUGCGGUACGUUCUGCGUUGAACUCUUUGGGGUUUAAGAACGUCGAGAUCGUCGUCGCUGAGACUGGUUGGCCAUACAAAGGCGACACCAAUGAAGUCGGUGCUAGCAUCGAGAACGCAAAGGCUUACAACGGUAACUUGAUCUCGCACUUACGUUCCAUGUCUGGGACCCCACUUAUGCCCGGAAAACCAGUAGAUACGUACCUAUUUGCAUUAUAUGACGAGGACUUGAAGCCUGGCACUACUUCUGAGCGAUCCUUCGGGCUUUUCAAGCCCGACCUGACCAUGACGUAUGAUAUUGGCCUCUCAAGUAAGAAUUCGACAAAAUCUGGGGCCGCUCAAAGUCCAACUUCCACGCCAACUGUAACGCCGUCGCCCACGGCAGCGCCGACGCCGACGAAAGGAGGGGUGUGGUGUGUUCCAAAAGCAGGAUUAACAGCUGCACAGCUACAAGGAAAUCUGAAUUACGCUUGUGGACAUGGGAUUGAUUGUGGCCCUAUAAAAGCUGGCGGGGCAUGUUUCCAACCGGACACGCUCGAAGCUCAUGCCGCUUAUGCCAUGAAUCUUUAUUAUCAGACCGCUGGACGUGAUCCCAAGAACUGUGAUUUUGCAAAUACAGCCACGCUCACGUCCACUGCCCCAAGUUACAAUAAUUGCUUUCUGAAUUCCGGUAAUGCUAAUAUUAAUGAUACCCGAGCUAAUAGCAGUCACAUAUCUAUGUCUGGAGUCGGCCCUACCAGACGCUUAAUUGACACUUGCAAGUGGUUGUUCUUCAUUGGCUUGGUCUGCCUUUGACAUGUCAUGUUUCAUGAGGGAAGACAUUUCUUUUGUGUUCUUCAACUUGUUCUCUCACGUUGUCUGGUUUCUCAGAAAAGUGUGCGUGCCGGAAAGAGAGUGUUCCUUUACAAAUGUAUAGCAGAGGUAAGCUGCUGCGAUGUAAAACGCGUGUAAGAAGGGUAGUUUGAGAGGUUAGAAAAAGCCCAUGAUCAGCAUGUAAUGUGUAUAUAUCCUUCGUUCGUAAUAUCUAAUUUUGCUGAGUAGUGUUGUUCCCU